CAGUCAGAAUCCAUCCCUCUCCCGAUCCGUCCGAUCCACAUCGUACGACCGGAUGUCGUGAACCGGAUGGGUCCCGAGGAUCCCUCCCCCACUCCCCGACGGCCGGCGUUUUCCCCGUGGCCUGGUGAAGUCCGUGGCGAUCGGUUCGUCCGGUGCAGCAACGCAGCAGCGGGAGGGAGAUGGAAGGAGGACGAACACCACACCAUAAAUCUCUGCUUUUUCCCUUCUUAAAGCUUUCAUUUAGUCUCUGCAAUCAACAGUAGCGAAUCGAAGUUGACGUUAAAGUUUCUCUUUUCCUUCUUUCUCUUCCUCUCUCCGUCGUCUUGCUCAGGUCGCUCAGGUCAUCGAGCCAGCGGCCAUGUCUGGUGGAGACUCAGAGGCUUAUACGGUGACCAGAGGACACGUACGAGCUCCGCUGUGGAGUGGCCAUGGCUCUGUGCUCGCUCCUCGCUAAUGUUUCCGAAUCCAGUGGCGCCAGCACACUCGUGGGGAGGAACCAUUGAGAUCACCGAUGCCGGUGGCGGGCCUCGGGAGCAGAGGAGGGGCUUGAAGAGAGUCUACGACAGGAGUUCGCUCCACCACCGCCGAGCCAAGCGGACGAGGACCGGCGGCGUUGCAGGAUUAGUCGACGCCGAGAGCGAAGGGCCUCCGUUGGUGGAAGUUUCAACAUGCUCGAGCUCUUCUCUUUUACGAUCUGUUAAUGGUCCUCGGAACGAGUGGACCACAUGAGGUGCCGAUUCGAAUGACACUUCUCCGUCCGAUUCGAGUUCAUCGUCGGGUGCAUGCAAUUCCUUUGGCAAUGUGACGUCCAAUGAGCCUCGUGCUCGUUCUGAUCCCGGUGUUGCUGAGGUAGGAGGUGAAGAAGGAAAGGGUGGCGAGACGGAGCUGCAGGGCCAUGAACUCGUGAGCUUGCUCACGUCCUGCGCCGACUCCAUCAGCUCCGGAAACUACGAAGCCAUCAACUAUUUCUUAGGUAGACUGGGAGACAUGGCCACACCGAUGGGCACCCCUGUUCAUCGCUUGGUCGCCUACUUCACCGAGUCCUUGGCGCUCCGGGUCGCAAGGCUCUAUCCUCACAUCUUCACCAUCAAUGCUCCUCCGAGGCGCCUCGUCGACGCCAGUGAGGAAGACGACGCCACAGCGCUGCGGCUCCUCGAUCUCAUCAGCCCCAUCCCCAAAUUCCUCCACUUCACGCUGAAUGAGAUGCUGCUGAAGGCAUUCGAAGGUAGGGACAGAGUGCACGUCAUAGACUUGGACAUCAAGCAAGGUCUCCAGUGGCCGAGCUUACUCCAGAGCUUAGCUUCCAGGCCUCGUCCUCCCAGCCACGUGCGGAUCACCGGCGUCGGCGAGUCCAGACCCGACCUCCACGCCACCGGACUCAGGCUCGCGAGGAUCGCAGAGUCGUUGCACCUCCCAUUCGAGUUCCACCCGGUGGUGGACAGGUUCGAGGAUCUCAGGCUCUGGAUGCUUCAUGUGAAGAGGGAGGAGUGCGUGGCCGUGAGCUGCAGCCUAAUGAUGCACAGGGCGCUGCACGAUGAGAGCGGAAAGGCUUUCAUGGAUUUGCUGGGUCUGAUAAGGAGCACGAACCCAGCGACUGUGGUAAUGGCGGAACAGGAAGCAGAGCACAACGAACCAGACUGGGGGAGGAGGUUAGCGAGAUCACUCAACCACUACGCAGCCAUCUUCGAUUCUUUGGAUGAUGUUCUCCCUCAGGACAGCCAUGCCAGGAUCAAGGUGGAGGAGUUGUUCGCCAAGGAGAUCAGAAACAUAGUUGCUUGUGAAGGAGACGAGAGGAUCGAGAGGCACGAGAGUUUCCAGGGGUGGAGGAGGAGGAUGACGCAGGAAGGUGGGUUUACAUGCUUAGGCAUCGGAGAAAGGGAGAUGCUUCAGAGUCGUAUGAUACUGAGGAUGUAUUCCUGCGACAAGUACAGCAUAGAUGUGGAAGGGGAAGGCCAUGGACUCACUCUCAAGUGGCUGGAUCAGCCUCUGUACACAGUCUCUGCAUGGGUUCCUGUGGAUGUUGCAGGCAGCUCCUCUGCACAUCUCAGCCAAAUCUGAUGGUCUCUGCAUCAUUUCUCUUACAGAUUCUUUUAUACUCUUACACAGACAUCAAAGGUUUGAUCUUUCAAUGUAUAAAAGACUGCAA